AUGGCAGCAUUAUCUACCCAUAAAAUUCAAGCUGGCAAGGAUACUAUUACCAAGAAGUUGACCUUGAGUCAGGCAAUUGAUGCAAGAGAUGCAUUAGCAAAAUUUAUCUAUGCAAGAUUGUUUAAUUGGCUUGUAGAACAAGUUAAUAAAUCACUUGAAGUGGGUAAACGACGUACUGGGAGAUCCAUAAGUAUCCUUGAUAUUUAUGGAUUUGAGUCAUUCAAGAAUAACAGCUUUGAACAAUUUUGUAUAAACUAUGCCAAUGAGAGGCUUCAACAACAUUUCAAUAGGCAUCUGUUUAAACUUGAGCAGGAGGUUCCUGGGUGUUUUGAUGCCUGGAAGGGGGAGGGGUGUGUUGUUUACUUCAGUAAAUUGCCUGUCACACGAUGGAAGAAAACAACCAUAAUACAACAAAAAACUGGUGUUACAUCAUACGCUUUGUGUGUGAUUUUGGAUAGUGUUUGCGUUCUUCAUAGCAACAUUGCAAUUUACAUGUUUCAGGAAUAUGAAUUGGAUGGCAUUGAUUGGACCAAAGUAGAUUUUGAGGACAACCAAGUGUGUUUGGAUCUCUUUGAAAAGAAGCCUCUUGGGCUAUUCUCUUUGUUGGACGAGGAAUCAAAUUUCCCCAGGGCCACUGAUCUAACUCUUGCCAAUAAACUUAAGCAGCACCUGCACACUAAUCCUUGCUUUAAAGAGGAAAGAGGCAGGGCUUUUGGUGUCUGUCAUUAUGCAGGGGAGGUUAGUGUCAGUUCUUAUGGACCUUUGAAAGUUUUGUAUGAUACAAGUGGCUUCCUAGAAAAGAAUAGAGAUCCACUACCGUCUGGUUCCAUUCAACUACUGUCAUCAUGUAGCUGUGAACUACUUCAGUUGUUCUCCAAGACGCUUAAUCAGCCUCAAAAGCAAUCAAACAACUCGUAUGGAGGUGCUCUGGACUCACAAAAGCAGAGUGUUGGCACAAAGUUCAAGGAGUAUGCUCAGCUGGAGAGCACCACACCACACUUUAUUCGCUGUAUAAAGACAAAUACUAAGCAACUUCCUGGAAUAUAUGAUCAAGAUCUUGUACUACAACAGCUCAAGUGUUGUGGAGUUUUGGAGGUUGUUAGGAUUUCAAGGGCUGGAUAUCCUACUCGAAUGACACAUCAAGAAUUUUCCAGAAGGUAUGGAUUUCUGCUUUGUGAGGCAAACACAUCUCCGGACCCAUUGAGCAUUUCAGUUGCUGUUUUGCAACAGUUUAAUAUCCCUCCUGAAAUGUACCAAGUUGGCUUCACAAAACUGUAUCUUCGAACUGGGCAGAUUGGGGCACUGGAGAACAGGAGAAAACAUAUUUUGCAGGGAGUAAUUGAGAUUCAGAGAAGCUUUCGGGGUUAUCAAGCUCGCUGUCAUUAUCAUGAGCUUAAGAAGGGAGUGACUACUUUACAAUCAUUUGUUCGUGGAGAAAUUGGAAGAAGGGAAUAUGGUGUUAUGGUGAAGUCUUCUAUGAUUAUUUCUGCUGAAAAUAUUAAAGAGAUGCAGGCAGCCACAACACUACAAUCUGUAACGCGUGGGUGGCUGGUUCGGAGGGAUGCUGAUGGCUUGAAUAAGUUAAAGAAAAGUCCUGAAAGUGCAAGAUCUAGGCGAAGGUCAUGUGUGAAUUUUCCUGAAGACACGUCAAGUGAGAGGGUCCAGAAUCUGCCUUCAGCUUUAGAUGAACUCCAAAGGCGGGUUGUCAAGGCUGAAGCUACUAUAGAGCAAAGGGAAGAGGAAAAUGCUGAACUGAAGGAUCAACUGAAACAAUUUGAGAGUAGAUGGAUUGAUUACGAGAAAAGGAUGAAAUCAAUGGAGGACGUGUGGCAAAAACAGAUGGCAUCUUUGCAAACAAGCCUUGCUGCUGCUAGAAAGAGCCUUGCUUCUGAGAAUGCCAGCAACCAACAUGCAAGACGUGAUGUACCAUCACCUUUCGGCUAUGACUCAGAAGAUUCUACUUCCAUGGGAUCUCGAACACCUGGGGUAAGCACACCUUUGAAGUAUUGUGGUAGUCUUUCUGAAGCUGGACGAAGGAGAGAUGGUCCUGCCACUUUGGUUUCAGUCAGCCACCUGAUGAAGGAAUUUGAUCAACGCAGACAGACCUUUGAUUUUGAUGCCAGAGCUCUGGCUGAGGCUAGAGCAGGUCAACCUUGUAACUCGAAUUCCAUUGAAGAACUUCGGAAACUCAAACAUAGGUUUGAGGCGUGGAAGAAAGAUUACAAGGCUAGAUUAAAAGAAACAAAAGCAAGACUUCAAAAAGUAGCGAAUACAGAAAUGGAUAAAAGGCGGAAAUGGUGGGGGAAAUUGAGUUCUAAAGCACACUAUAGCUAG